CCAUUUUCUUCCUAGGGCAGCAGCACCAUUUUAAGAAGUCGCUUGGUGCGUUCCGCACGGUUCGGUGCCAUUUUCCCCAACUAUAGCAGAAGUUAGUCGUACAAUUUUUGUUAUUUACGACGCUUACUUUGGUGGUCAAGUGUUUUUCAUCGACCAACAAGGAAAAUAACACCUUUUACGGCCUUGUCGGAACAAGCUAUCCGUUGAGCUAAUUAUAGCUGGCUAGCUUCCCCCCCAACCAAUGCAACAUUCAUUGAACCUGCUACAACAGAAGCCAGUCAAAAUGAGUGCUGCAUCUUCUCAAACAGUUGUCCUGAAGAGCACCACCAAAGUGUCCCUGAACGAGCGCUUCACUAACAUGCUGAAGAACAAGCAGCCCACCGCGGUUAGCAUUCGAGCCACCAUGCAACAGCAGCAUAUGGCCAGUGCCCGCAAUCGCCGGCUGGCCCAGCAGAUGGAGAACCGGCCCUCGGUCCAGGCAGCUCUGAAUCACAAGCAGAGCCUGAAGCAACGGCUGGGGAAGAGCAACAUCCAAGCCCGGCUGGGACGGCCCGUUGGGAUGGGAAUGCGUGGCGGCGCCAUUGGUGGCAGAGGUGGAUUGCGAGGGAUGACCAGAGGACUUCGCGGAAGAGGCAGAGGAGGAAUGAUGAGAGGUGCCCUCUCCCUGAGAGGCAAGAGAAUGGCUCCCGGUGGCCCCAUGCGAGGUCGCGGCACUAUUGGUCGCAUGCCAAUGCGUAGAGGCGGCCGCCAGAGAGCAGGAAUUCCUGGCCGAGGAGGACCGAUGGGGAGAGGUGCAGGCCGUGGAGGAGUAUCCAGAGGCCGCGGCGGACUCCGUGGGCGCGGCGGUUUUGCUGGCCGACGCGGGCGCGGCAGAGGAAUCGGCCGACCCACCGUGACCCGCGAGCAACUGGACAACCAGCUGGAUGCGUACAUGUCCAAGACCAAAGGUCAUCUAGACGCCGAGUUGGACGCCUACAUGGCGCAGGCGGACCCGGAUAGUAUGGAGUGACCCUGACGGACUCGUUGCAAAAAACUGUACAGCUCCUUGAACACAUACAUACAUGUGUAGUGUUGUUUACUUGUUCUCCCAAAGUAGGCGGGAUGAUUAUGACGAGAGCAUAAACAGUCCAGGACUCUGCUUUGGACCAGCACAAAACCAUUAACACUCAAUGGGCUUCUAUCCCGACAUUAUUUCUGCAGCAAAGCCUGUUUCAUUUGAGUUUGUGGAUGAAAGGAUUUUUAUAAAGCGCUCAGUUGAUUUUAAAUCACGUUUUUUUUUUCUAAACUGUUAUAUAAAUCUUUUAAACCCAUUUCGAGGACCCAUCCUAGUUUGUCAUUUAAUUUCUAUCACCGUUCUUUCCGUCUGCUAUACAAAUGUUACAUUUUGCCAUGCUCAUAAUCUGGUCCUCAAGCAUUUUCACUGGAAAUGUUUUAUAAGUUAUUUGUUGAAUGUCUCAACAAAGUGUUUUUUUUCCAGUG